AUGGGAAGCCCCGGCCACACCCAUCCUGCCACGUCGCAGGGGCGGCGGCGUGGCUCCACACCGCGCCAGCGGCCCCACGCCUCAGACCACGGUUUCAGGGGGAAACGUGAGCCAGCCCGGGGUUCAGAGACACACAGGGACUGCUUUACGGAUUUGCACCACCGGGAUCGGAAACUCAGAGGGCAGCAGCCCGGAGCGGACGCGAUCCUCGGGACCGCCAUGCCACGCCCGCGGCUCCCCUUCUCGGGCCCCUCGCCCCGCGGGCCCGGGGGCCACGUGACGUGGCGGGGGCGUGGCGCGGUCACGUGGACCGGCCCGCCCUCCGCACCACGCAUGCGCCAGUCGAGCCCCACCCGCAGCCCGACCCGGCCAAGGCUGGGGCCACCCUGCCGCGUUGCAAAAGAUGACGGCAUCCCGUCUGCAUGUCCGAGUGCAGCUACUGAAGCUGUUCCAUAUGCAAUAAUUCAAUCAAUUCGGUGGGAUUUAUUCCAGCGUGGGAACUGGGGGUCUAGAAAUAACAAAUCAGUGUUAGCUAUCUGCUUCUGCUCUGAGGCCAAGUUUAAAACAUUCACCAAGGAACUGCAUACAUAG